AUGGAAGAAAUUGGGAAGCUAAAUCCACAAGCUAGACAAUGGCUAGAGAGUCAUCCACUUGAUAGAUGGACACUUGCACAUGAUGGUGGGAGGAGAUAUGGGUUGCUCACAACAAAUUUGUCGGAGAUUUUUAAUAGUGUCCUUAAAGGUGCCCGUUUUUUACCAAUCACGGCUUGUGUCCAACUUACUUUUUAUAGAUUGGUGCAUUACUUUGAGGUGAGACGCCCUUUAGAAAAUAGUUCACGAGCUAAUGGAGAUGCAUAUACCCCUCAUGUUCUUGUCAAACAAGUAGCUUUGAUGUCAAAAGCAAGUGCACAUUCCUUGAGAUCUUUUAAUCGAGAGAAAGGUAUAUUUGAGUUGAUAACUCAAAGAGGAAGAAAUGUGCAAGUAGUUAAUUUGGAGCAAAAAACUUGCACAUGUGCGUAUUGGCCACAAUCAAUGUUUAAAGAAUUUCUUCCAAAUUUAGAGCUCUUACGGAAUAAAAAAGGUCGUCCCCGUUCAACAAGACUUCGAAAUGGAAUGGACAUUAAAGAAGGAAGAAAAGCAAACCAUUGUGGAAUUUGUAAGCAAAGUGGUCACAAUCGAAAAAAAUGUCCGUCUAAACCAAGGUGGCCAAUCAUACCACAACCCCCGCGAAGGAUGUAUAAUGAUGCAAAGAAUCAUGCCUCAAGAGCUCUUGAGAGAGGUCUUGAUCAGGAUUGAAUCAUCUGAAAAUAAGUGGCCUUCCCGGAAGAAUGUUGUUGGUUGUGCUACUGUUUGUAGGAGUUGGAGAGAGAUCAUGAAGGAGAUUGUUAAGAGGCCUAAGAUUUCCGGGAUGUUGACUUUCCCAAUUUCUGUCAAGCAGGUUCUUAAAGCUCUCAUAGGGAAUAAUGUUGAGAUUGGUGCAAAUUCAUGCAUUGAUAGAGGCAGAUCUCUCGAGAUGAUGAAAUAACCAGACCUCAUCAUUAAUUUUAAAUCUAUCAGGCUUUUGCGAGGUAGAGUUACUGAUAGUUUCAUUGUCCGAAUGUAUACAUUGAAUACAAAUGUUGAUUUAGUAAAUGUGGCUUCUUUCUGUAUAUGAUUAUGAACUGAACUUUUAUAAACCUUUGUUCACAAUGUUCAUCCUCAAUAAACUCUUCCCAUUUUGUCCA